AUGCCACACACCCGCAGCGUUUCCAUGUUCAUAUCGGUUGGGGCGGGCUCACGGUACGAACCUUCCGAGCUGGCCGGAUUGUCGCACUUUCUGGAGCACCUGCCGUUCAAGGGCACCCGAAGCUGGCCGACCGCUCUGGCCAUCUCGGAAGCCGUGGAAGGGGUGGGCGGCAUCAUGAAUGCGGCCACCGACCGGGAAAUGACCUCGUUCUGGUGCAAGGUUGCCAGCGUGUACGCCGAUCGGGCGUUGCCGGUGAUUAUCGACCUGGUGCGUCAUCCGCUGCUGGAUCCGACGGAAAUGGAGAAGGAGCGGGACGUCAUCCUCGAUGAAUUGCGGAUGACCAAUGACUACCCGGCCGAGGUGUGCGCUCUGUUGAUCGACCGUGCCAUCUGGCCCGGGCAGGCCAUGGGACGGGACGUUGGCGGAGAACCGAAGACGGUGAGCGCUAUCGGGUUGGAGGACGUGCGCCAGUACAUGGAACGGCAGUACCGACCCAACAACACGGUUAUCAGUAUUGCCGGCGCGCUGGAUCAUGAUACGGCGGUGGGUAUGCUGGCCGAGGCUACGGCAGACUGGAUGCCCGGGGAACCCCUGGGUUGGGAACCGGUUGUCGCGGCGGCCGACGAUGCGCCUACCAUUCUUCUGGAUACUCGGCCUGCCGAAGACACCAACCUGUGCAUCGGGAUGCCAGGCUUGAUGAUGACCGAUCCCGACCGCUAUGCGGCCACGGUGUUGAACGGUGUGUUGGGAGAUGGGAUGAGCAGCCGGCUGUUCCAGAACCUGCGUGAGAACCUUGGAAUAACGUACGACGUGCACAGCGCCUUGAGCAAUUACCGGGACUGCGGCGCGCUGGUGGUGUCCUGCGGGACGGAGCCGGCUCGGGCCGCUGAAGCGGUGCAGGCGACCCGCACGGAGUUGCUGGGAAUGCUGGAGCGGGUUCCGGACACCGAGGUGCAUAAGGUUCGGGAGUACAUCAAGGGCCGGCUGCUGAUGCGAAUGGAAGACUCGCGGGCGGUGGCGGCCUGGCUGUCCUCGCAGGAAUUGUUACUGGGAGAGAUAACCACGCCGGAUGAAACUGCGUCGCGCAUCGACGCGGUGACGCCAACCGACGUAUUGCGAACCGCAGAGCGACUGAUCUCGCCCCAGGCGUUCCGGCUGGCAGUGGUCGGCCCGCACGAAAACGACACCGAGUUUCGCGCCGCAUUAUCCGGAUAA